AUGCAGUGCGAACGCAGCCACCUCCUCGCCACUGGAGGUGAGGUCGGUGCCUCCUCCGCCCUGGCCCCCAAGAUCGGUCCUCUCGGUCUGUCUCCCAAGAAAGUUGGUGAAGAUAUCGCCAAGGCCACCGGCGACUGGAAGGAGAAGAACAUCAAGCACAACAAGUCUGUUCCUCUUGACGAGAUCAUCGAGAUCGCGAGAACCAUGCGCCACAAGUCCUUCUCCAAGUCGCUGGAGGGUACUGUCAAGGAAAUUUUGGGUACGGCAAACAGUGUUGGAUGCCAGGUUGACGGCAAGACCCCCAAGGCGAUCACCGAGGCCAUUGAGGCUGGUGAGAUUGACAUUCCCGAGGAGUAA